AUGAAACUCCACGCGAUGCUGAUCUCUCGCAAAUGGCGAACAUCGAUGGGCCGGGCCAUCAUGGCAGUGCUCCCGCCCUGUAACUUUCUCACGCUGCACUAUCUCUAUUUCAUUGCGACGUGUAUGGUGGCCAGCAUCAUUUUCUAUCUGACCUCCACCCCGUGGAAGAGUGUGGCCUAUGUGGAUGCCAUCUUCUUGUGUGUUAGUGCGAUGACUGGAGCGGGUUUGAAUACGGUGGACUUGUCAACCCUGAAUACCUUCCAACAGGCUAUCUUAUUUAUCCUUCUGAUGCUUGGAUCCGCCAUUCUCAUCUCAAGUACUGUCCUCAUGGUACGUAAGCAGGCCUUUGAGGACAAGCUGAAACACGUCUCGGAGGAGCGUGAAGCAUCUCGCCGUGCGUCAGCCCUAGAAUUGCAGAACUCGACAGCGGAGCCGGAUUCUCCUCUCAACGAAGGACCCAGCCAAGCCCAGCCCAAAGGUGCCGUAGGGCUACAAGAGCGUCCGGCCGAAUUAUCCACAUUCCGUGAUGAUCAAAUUCGAUGGGUGGAUGACGAUCAAAUCACUGUUGGCGAUGCCCAAGCCCAGCAUCACCAUCACCACCGCCGAGUCUUUCCUAUGGCUGGCGUGGGCGCCCGACCUGAUCUGAACAAUCAUCCCCGCGACGUUGCGCCUUUGCCUCUGUAUACCGACGACACCUCGCUGUCUGGGUUCAAGGGGAUCAUCCGCGGCACGCAGAAAUACUUCACCUCCAGGGGAACUAUCUCGCGCAACUCGCAGUUCUACGGGUUGACAUCCGCGGAGCGCGAAAAGCUCGGUGGUGUGGAAUACAAGGCAGUCUCCUUUUUGUCGAUUAUUGUCUCACUCUACUUUCUGAUGUUCUUGAUUCUCGGGAUCGUCGGUAUGGGUACCUGGCUCGCUGUGAAUCACCCCGAAGUAUCCGAAGUCAAUGGAUUUUCGCCGUUCUGGACCGGCGCGUUCUUUGCGGUUUCUGCGUUUGUCAACAGUGGCAUGUCAUUGUUGGAUGCGAACAUGACUGCUCUGCAAUUAAAUGCAUAUCCCCUUCUCACGCUGGGCAUGCUCAUUCUCGCUGGUAAUACUCUUUACCCAUGCUUCCUGCGUUUCAUCGUUUGGACGAUGCGGAUGAUGUUGCCCAACACGCCAUCUUGGAAAUCGUGGCGGGUGACUCUUGAUUUCAUCUUGGACCAUCCUAGGAGGGUCUAUACCAAUCUUUUCCCUGCUCGGCAUACAUGGUAUCUUCUUGCUACCAUCAUUAUUCUGAAUGGACUUGAUUGGGCGGCUUUCGAGCUCCUGUCUAUUGGAAACAAGGAGAUCGAGGCCUUGCCUAUUGAGUAUCGAAUUCUUGAUGGAUUGUUCCAGGCUUUGGCCGUCCGCGCUGGUGGUUUCUACGUCGUGACCAUUGCCGAUUUGAGACAAGGACUUCUUGUUCUUUAUGUGCUCAUGAUGUACGUCUCCGCAUUCCCCGUGCUGGUGACAAUCCGCAACACAAACGUCUAUGAAGAACGCUCCCUCGGAAUCUACGCCAAUGACGAAACUCCCGAGAUGCGCGCAAACACCAGCCGCAGCAAUGUCCUCAUGGACCUAGUCCGCCACCACAUGGGCCGACCCAGCCUCUCCGAGUCCUCGCGCGGCUACUUCGUCCACCAACAAGUCCGCUCCCAACUCAGCCACGACAUCUGGUGGAUCGCACUAGCAGUACUCUUCAUCGCGAUCGCUGAAUCAGACCACUACAACAAUCAACCCGUGGCCUUUAGCACUUUCAACAUCAUUUUUGAGGUUGUCUCUGCGUACGGCUGUGUGGGUGUUAGUGUGGGAUAUCCGGGCAAGAAUUAUUCAUUCUGUGGCGCUUGGCAUACCAUUAGUAAAUUGAUUCUCGCGGCUGUGGCGUUGAGGGGACGGCAUCGGGGUUUGCCCGUUGCGAUUGAUAAGGCGAUUAUGUUGCCUACCGAGUCUUUGGCGUGGGCAGAGGAGGAGGAUGCUGCGUUGAGGCGGGAGAGGACUAGGAAUCGGGGGUUGGAUUGGAUGCCGACUGGUUCGGUUUGA